CACACACACACAGCUUCCCUAUAUAUCACACACACCGAGUGAGCCUGCUAACCAGGCAGGAGUCUUGUUGUUAAAUAUUAGCAUCAUAAUGUCAAGUCAAAGUGAGCCCACCAGCACCGGAGACAAUCUACUGCAAACCCCUCAACAGGAACAAGGCUUAUCAAGACUCAGACAGCUGCAGUUAUCGCCUGGCCAUGUACGUAAACUGGGGUUGACGAGGAAAAUGCGUGAAAGGAGGGAUUUCAAGGAAGACGAAAACCCAGAGGAAAAGGCCCAAAGACACAAGGAGCAGGAGCUGAAGCCUCUGUAUAAAGAGCUGCUGUACACCAUCACUCACAAGAUAGGUAAACCGACAUCAGCUGAGGUCUUCACAGAUAGCCAGCUGCACCAGUACAUCAAGGAGGCUUUCGUUAUGACAGAGUCGGAGCACAACAGUCUGACCGAGAAAGUACAGAGCACAGAGCCCCCAGUAUACUGCCUCAUGGCCACUGUGAAGGAAGCCAAAGGAAUCCUGGGAAAAGACGUCAGUGGUUUCAGUGACCCAUACUGCCUGCUGACCAUAAUGGAGGACGAGGAGGAGAGCCGAACACGCCAGUCCAGAGCCAAACCCAGUAAAGCUAUUGUAAAGGACGCCGUAUCCAACGACAAAAUCUACCAGUCAGAGAUAAAGAAGCAGACUCUGAACCCCAUCUGGAACCAAACCUUCAUACUAGAGUUCAGAGGGAUCACCGGUGCCAGCUUCCACCUUGAGAUGUGGGAUAAGGACGAAGAGGUUUCGCUCACUCAGAAACUAGAGGAUAUCAAAACCAACUUUAAUAGCUUAAGAAGGAUGAUCAAGGAAGCCAAAAAGGAGAAAGGGACGGAUGACUUUUUGGGAAGAGUGGUCCUAAAACUACAGGAUCUCCGCUGUACUGAAGACCACUGGUACAAUCUGGAGCCCAGAACGGAGACGUAUCCUGAUCGAGGCCAGUGCCACCUGAAUCUCAAGUUCAUCCAUAAAGCGAGAGACGGGACGCUGAGUGCCGGUCGUAGCGCUUACAUCAACUACUGUGGGAUUCUGCAGCAGUUUGUUCAAGCUUACAUCUCCAAGCAACAGAGCUCUGCUCCGUGGAAAGGGGCGCUGUGUGGCGAGGCUCAGACUCUGCUGGAACUCUACGCUACGCAGAACGACCUUUCACCUUUUCUUCAGGACCUAGCGAAGUGGGUGGCUUACAGCAAGCUGUACCAGAGUUUAGAGGUGGACUCGUCUGUGCUGUUCCAGCAGCUAACCAGUGUCGAGUACCAUUGGCAUCAGCAGAAGCUGCCAUACCAACAGAAACAGGAACUCGGGGACUCUCUUCAUGGUUUCCUGCAAUAUGGACUGUGUCUGGUGGCCAAAUACAGAGACAUCUUCCCCCCGACUCCCAGUGCUACUCCGAAACUACACACACUGCUCAGAAUCUUGGUCCAGAUUUGUAAGACUCAGGCCUUUCAGAAACUGAACCCAGCUCACUUUGAGUUACAUGAUGAGGUCAGCAAUGCCAUACAGACAGGAACACAGGAGUGGUUUACCAUCAAAAAGGGUUUGCACCAGCCAAUGACUAAGGACCUGUCAGAGAUUGUGAGUGCCCUCUCCAGCUUGAUCGGGGAGGUGCAGUUAGACAUAAAACACAACAAGGAUGCCUGGAAUAGGGUAUUUGUCAGUGCUGUGCAGGUGGAUGUGUUCACUGUGGUCUAUAAGAAGUUUGACUCUCUGCUUGCUAAUGAAGUGAGGGGAACCUUAUCCCUGAUUCAGGGUCACAUGGAGCAGGCUCUAGCCAACAGCUUGUUCCCUGUUUACCUGAGCCUGCAGGCCAUCCACAAAGACAAGGCUUACUUACAGAAAAGGGGAUCACUUGAGUUAACGAACUUUCAGGAGGACUUCAGAGAGGCCUUGCCGUACUGGCUGAACCAGGCCUACAGCACAACUCAGGAUAGGGUGGAGAGGGCUGUGCGGGUAGACCAGCUCCAACCGCUGCAGUCCGGUGCUGUGCCCAUAAAACACAGUAGCUCAGCAGUGGACCUGGUGGCAUGUAUCCAACCUAUCUGCCAGCUGUGGGAGCAGCUAUCCUGGCCUGACCCUGAGGAGGCCUUCAUGCUCAUGGUCAAACUCACUGAGGAUGUGUGUAAGAUUGUGGUGAACUACUGUCACAUCCUGAAGGAGAGGGUCAGAGUGUUGUCUGAGAACUCCGACCACGGCAGCGCCAUCAACAUGUUGUGUGUGGUGGUCAAUGACUUGGAACACUUGCGGUCAGUAUUGACCCGACUCCCUACACAGCUGAACUGGGCAGGGCUCAGAGAUCGGACCCAAAAUGUGAUCGGGGAAAGCCAGUUCCACAACACUCUGCCCUCGCAGCUAGAGCAAGCCCAGGGUGUCCUUGGCCGAGAGAUUCGCUCCGCUUUAGACACUCUUGGAAAAAAGUUGAACAGAGACAUUGAGACUCAUGUCCGAAACAUGUCAACCAGGCGGAGGAUUCCCUCCAAGUCCACAGAGGAUGCUGCAGCCCCUCUGAUGCAAUACCUGGAGCAAGAGCUGCAGUAUAUGAAUGAAAACCUUGUCCAAGAGAACUUCAACAGUCUCUUGAUGCCUUUGUGGAAUAACUCAGUGAAGAUCCUCCACCAGGUGGCCACUCAGCAUCCACAGCAAGAAGGGCUUAUGGUGUUCUGCCAGCGACUGCUGUACACACUGCAGUGCCUGGAGCUGUGCUUCCACGCGGAGGGAAAUGGACUCCCUCUGAACACACUCCACUCUGAUGAGUACAAGGCUCUCAAAGCUCACCUUAAUCACAACUCUCUGAGCAGCUGGCAGCUUGUGGAGAAGUUCCUUGAAAGGAAAAUACGGGAGCAGAAUGCGUACAGCGGAGAGAAAUAUGGUGCAGUCACCCUCCUCACGUCCUACAGGAGAUCAGACCAGAGACUCAGAGUUGAGGUUUUGAAUGCAGUCAACCUCAUACCAAUGGACUCUAAUGGUUUCAGUGAUCCGUUUGUGCAGCUGAGUCUGGAGCCUAACCACAUUUUUCCCGAGGUAGAACUUCGCUGCACUCAGAUCAAAAACUGUGAUCUCAAUCCCCUUUUUGAUGAGGCCUUUGAAUUUCUGGUAUCCCUGGAUCAGUGCCAAGCUCCAGGGGCUUGCCUGGUCCUGACAGUGCUGGACCAUGACACCUUGAGGACAGAUGACUUUGAAGGCGAGGCCUUCCUGGCCCUCAAGGACAUACCAGGAGUUGCUGGAGGAAAGGAAGGAGAUGGACUCAGCAAACAGCCAGAUGCUAUCCCAGCUCAGAUUCGACUGCCUCUGAUGCAUCCUAAACCGAACGAGGACAGCAUUCUGAGGUUACUGGAGUCCAGGAGAGGAGAGCGAGAUGCUCAGGCCUACGUGAAGAAGCGAAAACAGAGAGAGAAGCAGUCCCAGGAAGGGACUCAACAGUGACAAACAUGCGGACAAUUUCUUCUUCCAAAAAUAUACAAUUUGUUUUAAUGAUCUGUACAAAAAACAAAGACAAAA